UGCUUCCCUACUUUUGGUUUAGUUGAUUAGGUGCUGCAACUCAAAGCUUGGGUGCGUUUGAUAGUUUUUGUUUUUUCCGGAAACGCCUUCUCCUUCACUGAAAGCCAUUUGAAAGAGCGUUUUGAAGGGGUUUAAAAACACAUACAAGCACUCCUGCAAGUAACAAAUCGGUGGAGUCUGUUAUAGGAGUCAUCAUCAGGCAAGCUAAAGCUGGAGAACUGGAAUUGAUUGCUUUUCUCAGAACUUUUGAAAAGAAACAUUAUGUUACAAUGAAUUUACCUAGUCAAAAGUCAUAGCAACAGAAUCUCCAGCUUAAAGAUUGACACUGUUUUGGGGCUCGUUGCUUCUCACACUCGGUCUGCAUUUUAUGCUUUUCCUUUGUAACCACUGACCAGUUAUGGAGGAGGAGUCCAAUUCUAUGGAGCAUACACCAACAUGGGUUGUGGCUGUUGUCUGUUUUGUCAUCAUUCUCAUCUCUUUUUGUGCCGAGCAAGGUCUUCAUAAACUUGGAAAGUGGUUGAAGCGUAACAAGCAAGAUGCUCUCUUUGAGGCCUUGCAAAAAUUACAAGAGGAACUGAUGCUUUUAGGGUUUGUUUCCCUUCUUUUAACCGUUUUUCAAGAUGCAAUAAGCCAUAUAUGCAUGCCAACUUAUCUUGGAUCCUUCAUGCUUCCUUGCAAAAGGCAGACAGUCUCACACAAGGAAUAUUCUCAUGGAGCUGUAAGUUCUCGGCGACAGUUACUGUCUAUAGAAUCUGGUUGGGAGCAUUGUGCAAAUAAGGGGAAGAUUCCAUUUUUAUCAAUGGAAGCAUUGCACCAGCUACAUAUUUUCAUCUUUGUAUUAGCAGUUGUUCACGUCAUCUUUUGUGUGACUAUGAUAAUUCUUGGAGGAUUGAAGAUAAGACAAUGGAAGCAGUGGGAAGAUUCAGUUAAGCAGGCAACAGAGGGUGGUACUCCCAAGGACACUCCUCGACGCCAUCACCAUGAAUUUUUGGUUACACGAGCAAUGGGAUAUUGGAGAAGGGCAGCUGUUGUGAGUUGGAUGAUAUCAUUCCUCAAACAGUUUUAUGGCUCUGUUACUAAGUCAGACUACAUAGCACUGCGACAAGGAUUUAUAAUAACUCAUUGCCCAGCAAGUCCUGGUUUUGAUUUUCAUAAGCACAUGACACAGACACUUGAAAGGGAUCUCAGAAAAGUUGUUGGCAUAAGAUGGCACUUGUGGCUAUUUGUUGUUGUCUUUUUGCUGCUGAAUGUGGCAGGAUGGCACACAUUUUUUUGGUUGUCAUUUCUGCCAAUAGUGCUUCUACUUCUUGUGGGUGCAAAGUUAGAACACAUAAUCACCCGCCUGGCUCAGGAGGCAAAGGAAAAAAGAGAUGAUCCAGAGUUACCAGUGAAUCCAUCCGAUGACCACUUUUGGUUUGGUCGCCCGGGCAUUGUUCUUGACUUGAUACACUUCAUUUUAUUUCAGAAUUCGUUUGAGAUUGCAUUCUUCUUCUCGAUAUGGUGCCUCUAUGGGUUCCAUUCGUGCAUCUUAGAAAAACCGGGUUACAUUAUCCCAAGACUUAUUACAGGUGUGAUUGUUCAAGUUCUCUGCAGUUACAGCACCCUGCCUUUGUAUGCUCUUGUUGCUCUGAUGGGAAGCAAAUUCAGGUGGCCUGAGAAUGUGAGAUCAUCUAUAGACAACUGGGUUUCAACUGUAAAGAUUAGAGGUGAAGCAAGCAAGAGGGGAAGUUCAGAUGCAGACAGGACACAAACGCAGUUGCAGACACACACGCAUAAGAUGACCCAAGAAUCAUCCGAAAUUGAAGAAAUGGUUGUCAUUGAAAAAGCAACACCAAUAACUGAGUUCUCUUAAGUUCCUUAAAAGAUUUUAGAUUGGCCCUCAAGUUUCAAGUAGGAAUUAUUAAUAUUAAUGUGCAUAUUUAACUUAUUUGCCACAGCUUAAAGGUUUGAUUUCGAUGACCAGUAAUUUGAGGCACAAGGAAUUAUAUAAAAACAUUGAAUCAGAUCAUUAAACUGAUUUUUAAACAAAA